AUGGAUCUGCACAAUGCGACGAUGAGCGCAUCAACGUUGCCAGCAGAGAUGGGAGGUGUCACCGAUGAAGUUGGCAAACCUCGGCUCCAUGGUAGCUACAGCAAGAAAUCAAAACCUAGAGUCCUACCUAGACCAACGAAACUACUCUGCAAGUCUGCAACUUCUCCAAAAUCCAACCGAAGACGGCAUCAUUCGGUCUAUUUUCCUUGUUUAUGUUGGCUUGUGAAAGGAAGAUCAAGAGUGUAUCUUUCUAAGUUGAGCCACCAGCUUGGUUUUAUGAUUUUCCAUGGUGCAAGUGGAUCAUCAAUCUAUAUACUGUGCGGGUUUAGGAUUUUGCUGUUAGAACACCCACCAUUCCUUUCCCUCUAUUUCCCCUCCUCAUUCUCUCUGCAACAAUUAAUCUCAACCAGGUAUUUAAGUAUGGCAAGAGGUCCUAUAAGACACCUCCUAAAUCUAUAUUCCUCCCAGAACAAAUUUUCUAGGGUUACAAGUUUUCUUCAUUCCAAUCGAUUCCUCCAUCAUUUACACCCAUUUGAAUCCAGAUUUUACCCUUCCCCUCAUCCUCAAAUUACCAACCCUAUCCAAUUUAAGCCAUCUCACUUCACCCAAUUUUCGGAUUUUUACAUUUUUCCAUUCUUCCGUGUACACACGAUUUGCGUACUUUCGGACAAUGUAAAAAAGGAGCCUGCUUCAAACUUAUCAGAAAAGAUAGGACGCGAAUCCGAAUGCGGUGGCGAUGGAUUAUGUCUCUCCUAUUUACUUGACCCUUAUGAAGAUACUGGGUCAGAACAUGAAAGAUUGAAUUUUGUCCAGAUAGCAAACCGUGAUCCAGGGGAAAUUUAUAAAGAUAUUAGAGAUGCUGUAAAGUCUGAAAAGCAAAGCCGGGCUGAUUGGGAUACUUUAACUGAGAUUUUUAGGUCAUUUUCCAAGUCCGGUUGGGCAUCGAACCAGGCCCUAGCUGUUUAUGUUGGUGCCUCAUUUUUUCCCACUGCUGUUCACAAGUUCCAUAAGUUUUUCUUCAAGAAGUGCAAGACUGAUUUAGUCAAGUACUUGGUAUCGCUUGGCCCUGGUGACGAGGCCGAUAAGUUUUUGUUCCCCAUUUUUGUUGAGUUUUGUAUAGAAGAGUUUCCAGAUGAGAUUAAGAGGUUUAGGAAAAUGGUGGACUCAGCUGACUUGACGAAGCCACACACUUGGUUCCCUUUUGCUAGGGCAAUGAAGAGGAAGAUUAUUUAUCACUGCGGACCAACUAACAGUGGCAAAACAUAUAACGCAUUGCAGAGAUUUAUGGAAGCCAAGAAGGGAGUUUACUGUAGCCCUCUCAGGUUGUUGGCAAUGGAGGUUUUCGAUAAGGUGAACACGUUGGGGGUUUAUUGUAGUCUUCUUACAGGGCAAGAGAAGAAGGAUUUUCCAUUCUCAAACCAUGUUGCUUGUACUGUUGAGAUGGUGUCAACAGAUGAGCUGUAUGAUGUGGCUGUUAUUGAUGAGAUUCAAAUGAUGGCCGACUCUAGUAGAGGUUAUGCUUGGACUAGGGCAUUGCUCGGGCUGAAAGCUGAUGAGAUACAUUUAUGCGGUGAUCCAAGUGUUCUGAAUAUGGUUAGGAAGAUUUGUUCUGAUACUGGGGAUGAAUUAGUAGAACAACAUUAUGAGAGGUUUAAGCCUCUAGUGGUUGAAGCAAAGACCCUCUUGGGAGAUCUGAAAAAUGUGAGGUCUGGGGACUGUGUUGUGGCAUUCUCAAGGAGAGAAAUUUUUGAAGUUAAAUUGGCAAUUGAGAAGUAUACUAAUCACCGUUGUUGCGUCAUAUAUGGUGCUUUACCACCAGAGACUCGUCGACAGCAAGCGACUUUGUUUAAUGAUCAGGAUAAUGAGUUUGAUGUCUUAGUUGCAAGUGAUGCUGUAGGAAUGGGUUUGAAUUUAAAUAUCAGAAGGGUUGUCUUUUAUAACCUUUCAAAGUACAAUGGUGAUAAAAUGGUUCCAGUGCCAGCAUCGCAGGUGAAACAGAUUGCCGGAAGAGCUGGGCAACAACAUUAUGAGAGGUUUAAGCCUCUAGUGGUUGAAGCAAAGACCCUCUUGGGAGAUCUGAAAAAUGUGAGGUCUGGGGACUGUGUUGUGGCAUUCUCAAGGAGAGAAAUUUUUGAAGUUAAAUUGGCAAUUGAGAAGUAUACUAAUCACCGUUGUUGCGUCAUAUAUGGUGCUUUACCACCAGAGACUCGUCGACAGCAAGCGACUUUGUUUAAUGAUCAGGAUAAUGAGUUUGAUGUCUUAGUUGCAAGUGAUGCUGUAGGAAUGGGUUUGAAUUUAAAUAUCAGAAGGGUUGUCUUUUAUAACCUUUCAAAGUACAAUGGUGAUAAAAUGGUUCCAGUGCCAGCAUCGCAGGUGAAACAGAUUGCCGGAAGAGCUGGGCGUAGAGGAAGUCGCUAUCCGGAUGGACUAACUACUACUUUGCAUCAUGAUGAUUUGGAGUACUUAAUAGAGUGUUUAAAGAAACCUUUUGAUGAUGUUAAGAAAGUAGGACUUUUUCCGUUUUUCGAGCAAGUUGAGCUAUUUGGAGCGCAACUUCCAAAUGUAACAUUUUCCCAGCUCCUAAUGGAAUUUGGUGAGAAUUGCCAAUUGGAUGGGUCUUACUUUUUGUGCCAGCACCAGCACGUGAAGAAAAUAGCUAAUAUGUUGGAGAAGGUUCAGGGGUUAUCUCUGGAAGAUCGUUUCAAUUUUUGUUUUGCUCCUUGCAACAUUAGGGAUCCAAAAGCAAUGUACCAUCUUUUGAGGUUCGCUUCAUCAUAUGCCCAAAAGCUUCCUGUCAAUAUAGCAAUGGGCAUGCCCAAAUGUUCCGCUCGUUGUGAUUCAGAGCUCUUGGAUCUUGAGACUAGGCACCAAGUAGUUUCUAUGUACUUGUGGUUGUCUAAUCACUUUGAGGAGGAAAGGUUUCCAUAUAUUAAGAAGGCCGAGACAAUGGCCACAGAUAUUGCUCACUUAUUGGGUGAAUCACUCUUAAAGGCUAGCUGGAAGCCAGAAUCAAGGAAUGCACGUAACCCAAAGCUGCAACAGGAGGAUGGUUAUCAGAGGCCAAGGUCGCUGGUUAAGUUACAGGAAAAAAAAAGGCACGAGAAGUCUUUGCCUGAACAGAGGCUGGGGAAGGUAGCUGCAUAA